CAGCAUCGAAAAUAGUUGUGCGCGUUUACCGAUGGAAGCGCGGGGACUUUAUUUCUUAUUUGCUUUCUCUCCUCUGUUAAACCUGGGUCGUUAAUCGCUCUCCGAGCUUGACUAGGCUGCAACCAUGGCAGCCGUGCUGAAGAAGCGAGCACUGGCCGAGUACAGCCAAACCCAGACGGUGACGGUCGAUCAGGAGGCCGGCCCAUCCAUCAAAAAGGUGCGCCUCACCAAGAAGCCAGAGCAGUCGUCCACCCAGGCCGAGGGAUACCUGCAGAUCCUGCAGCGGGCCAAGACGAGCCGCGACUCGCUGCAGGCGCUCACAAGUCUGGCCGAGCUCAGUGCCACUCAGGUGGACGAUGUGGGAGGCGUGGUGCGCCGCCUGCUGGACGUCUUCAGUCGUGACCAGGACUCGGCCGUGCGCUGCGCGCUGCUGCGCCUCAUCGGCCAGCUGAUCGUCGGGUCCGGCCAGCGCGGCCCGGCCGCCGCCACCGCCGACGAGCUGGCUGCUGCGCUCGACCAGGAGGCGUCGGGCGUGGUGGCGGCGCAGCUGCUGGCCACACUGACCGAGCUGGGCGCGGCGGCGGACGUGCGCCGCCUGGGCGAGGCCACACGUGCACAGGACCCGCGGGUGCGCGCCGCCGCCCUGCAGGCGCUGUUGACGCUGCACGAUCGCGGCCUGCCGCUGGAUGUGGCGCUCUACGCCGACACGACGGCCGCGCUGCACGACGACUACGAGACCGUGCGCGAGGUGGCGCUGCGCCUGGUGCACGUGCUGGCCCAAGCGUACCCAGAGCACCCGGUGGCGCUCACCGACUCGGACCAGACGGUGCGCCUGGCUGAUGACGCGUUCGGGCACGUCUGUAACGCCAUUAACGACCUGGGCGUGCGCGUGCGCGUGCAGGCGGCUACGCUGCUGGGUAGCAUGACUUCCGUGUCGACCCGCUUCCUGGAGCAGACGCUCGACAAGAAGCUGAUGUCGAACAUGCGCCGCAAACGCUCGGGCCACGAGCGACUGCGCAGCCUGGUCGUGCGCGGCGAGUGGUCGUCGGGCAAGAAGUGGGGCGACGACGCGCCCAAGGAGCAGCUGCAAGCCGACACGGUCAGCCUGAUGUCGUCGGGCGCGUGCGGCGCGUUCGUGCACGGCCUGGAGGACGAGUACCUGGAGGUGCGCGCCGCCGCGCUGCAGUCGAUGACCGAGCUGGCCACGCUGCAUCCGCACUUCGCCGAGAUGAGCCUCGACUUCAUCGUGGACAUGUUCAACGACGAAAUCGCCGAGGUGCGGCUGCGCGCCGUCGACUCGCUCUCGCGCAUCGGCCAGAUGAUCACGCUGCGCGAGGACCAGCUGGAUGAGAUCCUGGCCGUGCUCGAGGUGUACUCGAUCGACACGCGCGAGGGCCUGCACCGCAUGCUCGGCGACUGCCGGCUGGGCAACACCGACUCGCUCCGACUCUGCGUGGAGAAGCUGCUCAAGAACCUGAAGCGCUACCCGCAGGACAAGCGGAGCCUGUGGCGCUGUUUCCAGCGUAUGGGCUCGGCACACCCGGACCUGGUGCUGCCGCUAGUGCCCAAUCUGCUGAACAUCCACCCGUACUUCCAGCUGCCGGAGCAGGACGUGCAGGACCCGGCCUACAUCUGCAUCCUGCUGCUGGUGAUGAACGCCGCCGCCGGCUCGCCCACCAUGAUGGCGCUGCUGGACGAGCGCACGCAACGUCACUUCCUCUACCUUCGCGACACGCUGCCGCACCUGGUGCCUGACCAGCUGCCCGGCCAGGUGUGGGCCGGCCGGCGGCAGGCGGCCGCCGCGCACGACAACGGCGCCGACUUCCUGCAGAGUGUGCUGCGGCGCGCGGCCGCUGCCGAUGGCGCCGGCUCGCCGGGCGGCCGGCGGGCCGCGCUCGAGCAGUGUCGUCGCGACCUGGACCGGCUGGCGCAGAUCGACACGGCGCUGUCGGCGCGCGCCCAGUUCGCGUCGGCCUAUAUCCACUGCCAGAUGCUGCUGGCGCAGGUGACGGCCGACGAGAGCUGGCGCGGCGCCAGCGCCGCCGGGCCGGCGCGCCUGCAGGCCAGUGCCGACCAGCUGACGGCGCUGACGCUGCAGCUGCAGCACCGCUUCUCAGGCCUGGCGCCGGCCGAGGCGGCCGCCGUGCGCCAGCUACGCCUGCGUCUGCUGGGCCUGCGGCUGGUGCUGCUGGUGCGCGGCCGCACCGGCUCGGCGCUGGCGCUCGGUGAGUACUUCCUCGAGCAGGCGCAGCAGCUGGAACGCCACCUGGUCGAGACGGGCCAGCCGCUGGAUGGCUUCAUCGAGGCGCUGGUGCGCGGCCUGGAGGCGCUGGAGGAGCGCAAGGCGGGCGCCAUGGCGCGCGUGCUGGCGCCGCUGCUGACCGAGUGUCCGGUGCCGCCGCUGCAGCUGCGCUCGCCGCUGACGCAGGCCACGGCCGUCAUCUACGAGCCGCGCCAGGAGACGGAGCACCCGCAGAAGUUCACGGCCGGCCUGGUGCUCGGCAUCCCGCUGGACUGCGAGCUGCAGCACGUGGCCGACGUCAGCCAGGUGCGCGUGCGCGUGCAGUACCCGGACCAGCGGGCGCAGCUGAUCAUGCCGCGCGCCACCGACUUCCGCGCGCUGCCGGAGGCGGACGGCGGCUACCGGCUGCGCACCACCGUGCUGGUCAGCCACCAGGUGUGGUCAGAGGAUGGCGAGGUCGAGAUCUCGGUCGUGCUCGACGUCAAGGAGCCCGGCUGCAAGGUGCUGCGCCCUGAGGACUGGCUACUGUCGCUGUGUCAGGCCGUGCGCGUGGCCGUGCAGCCGCGUGCAGUGCGUCGCAAUGUCAUCUGAGGCGGUGCCGUUGCGAUGCGAGACGUCGCUUCGCGGUGGAGCGGUGAAGCCGCCGUGCUUAGCCGGUGGUCUCUGAGCGGUCUUUGACGCUCGGUGGCGUGCGGCUGUCGGAGCUCGAGUCCCCGACCCUAAAUGUACAGAGUUUCAACGUAUGCAUACACACAGCUGCGAUGUCGCGUGCAAAUAUAUUCACCAGAAACCACAUGAAACGCGUAUGAUGCUCCGAACCCUACUGAAGCCCAGGAGGUUGGUGACAAACGUAAUACACAGCAAGGAAUAUAGAACUAAUGCAUGCCAUUAACAUCUGCCGUAUCUUCAUCAUGUGGGAAGUCAUCUAAAAGAGGCCGGUGACCCUGCACGCUACUAUUUUUUUUUUUUACCGCUGCCGGAGCCCCGCGUUCGCAUGCGUUGAUGUCGGA